AUGUCUGCCCCAGUGCCAGACACGGUCUGGACAUCAGGCGACACUAACAGCCCGCCUCCAGCUGCCGACAUUGCACAACAUGGAAAUGUGGCCACCGAGCCAUUAGAGAGAGUCGGAACCGCAAAAGAAUUAAACGCUGAGAAAGUACUGGAUCCGGAAUACAGUGACUGGACAUCUUCCUCGAGCAACAUCACGCCAGACGACAAAAGCCAGAGAAGCACAGAGGGCGAGAAGCAAUCAUGGGGCGAAAAACUAAAUCCACUCAAGAGGAAAAUCAAACCACCGGUACCAGCUGAGCAAGGAGAGUCAAGGGAAUACAAGGCCAAUUUCUUCAGUCAUCUCACCUUCCAAUGGAUGGCACCUAUAAUGUCCGUCGGAUACCAACGACCACUGGAGCUCACCGAUCUGUGGAAGGUCAAUCCUGAUCGCAGUGUAGAUGUUCUAUCUGCACGACUCAAGGCUGCUUUCAAGAAAAGAGUUGACAACGGAACCGAAAAUCCUCUGAAAUGGGCGCUCUACGAUACUUUCAAAGGCGAAUUUUUGCUGGGAGGUCUCUGUGAACUUAUCGCCGCCGUGGUCCAAGUCUUGGCUCCUUUUGUUCUCCGAUAUUUGAUCAACUUUUCUACCGAAAUCUGGAUUGCUGAGAAAACGAACACGCCCAAACCUGAUAUUGGCCAUGGUAUCGGUCUGGUCAUCGCCGUUACCGCUCUUCAAGUCAUCCAGAGUUGUUGCACGAAUCACUUCUUGUAUCGAGGCAUGACUGUUGGUGGCCAAGCUCGUGCCGUCACGAUCGCUGUCAUCUUCGAGAAAGCCAUGAAACUGUCUGGAAGAGCAAGAGCUGGAGGCAAGUCGAAUACCGAGCCUGUCGGCCUUCCUCCUGGUAUUGCUCCUGGCAGUAAAGAAGAGAAGAAAUGGUUGAAGGCAAAGCUCAAAAAAGAAAAGGCAAACUCGAAAGACAAGAAGGGAGUUUCGGGCAGUGGCGAGGGAUGGUCCAACGGCAGAAUCGUCAACUUGAUGUCUACCGACACGUACCGCAUCGAUACAGCUUCUGGAAUGUUUCACAUGAUCUGGGCCUCCCCCAUCUCCAUCAUAUUGACGCUUGUCCUGCUUCUCAUCAACAUCAACUACAGUGCCCUGGCCGGAUUUGCCCUCCUCAUCGUAGCAAUGCCCUUGCUUGGACGAUCGAUCAAGAGCUUAUUCGUCCGCCGUAAGGCCAUCAACAAAGUCACCGAUCAAAGAGUCGGUCUCACCCAAGAAAUCCUGGCUGGUGUCAGGUUCGUCAAAUACUUUGGCUGGGAGAGCAGUUUCCUCGAUCGCCUGAAGGAGAUUCGUCGCAGAGAAAUUGGCAAGAUUCAGUUCUUGCUGAACAUUCGUAACGGUAUCAUGGCUGUUUCCAUGUCUAUGCCUGUUUUCGCUUCUAUGCUGGCUUUUAUCACCUACAGUCUUACAGACCACGGCCUUCAAGCUGGAAAGAUUUUCUCAUCUCUAGCUCUUUUCAACGGUUUGAGACUGCCACUCAACUUGCUGCCACUUGUUAUCGGUCAAACCGUCGAUGCCAGUGCAUCUAUUCGCAGGAUCGAAGAGUUUUUGCUAGCCGAAGAGUCACUGGAUGAAGCUGUAUGGGAUUACGAGGGCAAGAGUGCCAUCGUGAUGAAGGACGCCAACUUCACCUGGGAAAGGACUCCAACUCAGGAAGCAGAGAAGAAAGUAGUAGGAGCUCCUGGCUCCAAGGAAGCCAAAGCUGCCAGGAAAGCUGGCAAGAAGGCCGACCACAAGGCCGACAAGCAAGCGAAGAAGGAUGCAAAGAAGGCUACCAAGGCACUGAAGAACGCCGAAAAGGAGAAUGGCCACGAGGCCUCUGACAGCAGCACUACACUGGCCGAAGACACCGAGCAUCCAUUCGAAAUCAAGGGUCUCAACAUCUCGAUUGGCCGUGACGAGCUUGUGGCAGUCAUCGGAAGUGUUGGAUCGGGCAAGACGUCCAUACUGGCUGCAUUGGGAGGAGAGAUGCGUAGGACUUCAGGCGAGGUCACUUUUGGUGCUUCACGCUCUUACUGCCCUCAAUACGCCUGGAUUCAGAAUGCUACCGUCAAGGACAACAUCACUUUUGGAAAGCCCUUCGAUCAGGAGUGGUACGACGAGGUAGUAGACGCCUGCGCUCUGCGAGCCGAUCUUGACAUGCUCCCCAACGGUGAUCUUACCGAGAUCGGAGAGCGUGGAAUAACUGUUUCCGGUGGUCAGAAGCAACGCCUGAACAUUGCCAGAGCUAUCUACUUCAACGCCGACAUUGUCCUCAUGGAUGACCCGCUUUCGGCUGUCGACGCUCACGUCGGACGUCACAUCAUGGACAACGCUAUCUGUGGACUUCUCAGAAACAAGGCUCGUGUUCUUGCGACUCAUCAACUUCAUGUUCUACAUCGUUGCGAUCGUAUCAUCUGGGUUCAGGACGGCACUGCAUACAAAAUCGACACCUUCGACAACCUCAUGGCGACUGAUGCAGACUUCCAGAAAAUGAUGGCUACCACUGCUAAAGAGGAAAAGAAGCCGGAAGAGGAGGUUGAUGGUGAUGAAGUUGAGGAAGAGAAGAAGGAUGUGCAACAAAAGACUGGUGGCAAGAAGCCAGCCGCAGCACUCAUGCAGGCCGAAGAGCGUGCUGUAAAGAGUGUUUCCUUUGGCAUCUACAAGGCUUACGUCAAGGCCUCGGGUUCCCUCGGCGUUGCACCUCUGAUUCUCCUUACCCUCAUUCUAUCACAAGGCGCCAACAUUGCGACCAGUUUGUGGUUGUCGUGGUGGACUUCGAACAAGUUCGGCUAUACCAGAGGAAAAUACAUUGGAGUAUACGCCGCACUUGGUGUCUCGCAGGCUCUUCUUAUGUUCGUAUUCUCCAGUAUCCUGACCAUCUGUGGUACUCGAGCCAGUGCGACUCUGCUCCACAACGCAGUCACCCGGGUUCUUCGCGCACCAAUGUCUUUCUUCGACACGACACCGCUCGGACGCAUUACCAACCGCUUCUCCAAGGACGUUGAUACCAUGGAUAACGCCCUGACCGAUGCCUUCCGUAUGUUCUUCAUGACGCUAGCACAGAUCAUUGCCGUCUUCAUCCUGAUCAUUGCUUACUACUACUACUUCGCUGCUGCUCUGGGUCCUCUGUUCAUCAUGUUCUUGUUUGCCGCGAGCUACUAUCGCUCUUCGGCACGUGAGAUCAAGCGUCACGAAGCUGUUCUUCGUAGCAGCGUCUUCUCUCGCUUCAGCGAAGCAGUGUCUGGUGUCGCUACUAUCCGUGCCUACGGAUUGCAGGAUCAGUUCUCGGAGUCUGUCCGUGACGCAGUUGACAACAUGAACGCCGCUUACUUCCUCACCUUCUCGAACCAACGCUGGUUGUCUGUCCGUCUCGACGCCAUCGGUACUCUUCUCGUCUUUGUUACUGGUAUCUUGGUCGUCACUGCCGGCUUCUCUGUCAACCCCAGUAUCGGUGGUUUGGUUCUGUCGUACAUUCUCUCAGUUGUGCAGAUGAUCCAGUUUACUGUCCGCCAACUUGCUGAAGUCGAGAACAACAUGAACUCUACUGAGCGUAUUUACUACUACGGCAACAAUCUCGAAGAGGAAGCCCCUCUCCACACCAUCGAGGUUCGCCCCUCAUGGCCCGAAAAGGGUGAGAUUGUCUUCGACAAUGUUCAGAUGCGUUACCGUGAAGGACUUCCUCUUGUUCUCAAGGGGCUCAACAUGCACGUCAAUGCAGGUGAGCGUAUCGGUGUUGUUGGUCGUACCGGUGCUGGAAAGUCAACCAUCAUGUCCACCCUGUUCCGUCUUGUUGAACUCAGUGGCGGAAGCAUCACAGUCGAUGGUCUCGACAUCGCCAAGAUCGGUCUUAGGGAUCUGCGAUCGCGUCUCUCCAUCAUUCCUCAGGAUCCUACUUUGUUCAAGGGCACCAUUCGCAGCAACCUCGACCCCUUCAACGAGCACACAGACAUGGCAUUGUGGGGUGCACUUCGCCAAGCUGAUCUCGUUGGCGAGGAUCAAGACAUUGCUGAUUCAUCGACUCGUAUCCAUCUCGAUGCUCCUGUCGAAGAAGAGGGUCUGAACUUCUCCCUUGGUCAGCGUCAACUUAUGGCUCUAGCGCGUGCUCUUGUACGUGGCAGCCGCAUCAUUGUCUGUGAUGAAGCGACCUCAUCUGUCGACUUCGACACGGAUCAAAAGAUUCAACGCACAAUUGUCAAGGGUUUCCGAGGCAAGACUCUCUUGUGCAUUGCCCAUCGUCUGAAGACCAUCAUCGGUUACGACCGUAUUUGUGUCAUGGACAAGGGACAAAUCGCCGAGCUUGACCGUCCCAUCACUCUCUACGACCAGGGAGGUAUCUUCCGCAGUAUGUGUGACCGCAGUGGUAUUCGCAGGGAGGACUUCUUCUCCAGCGCCGAGGCCACCUUCAGCGAGUGA